AUGGGUGUCACACUUCCUGAAUUACAAUAUACCGCGCUCGAGGAGAUUCCCGCGCGCGUCUCCGCCGCCCGGAAGGCCUUCCUGGAGAACAAGACCCGCGAUGUGGAGUUCCGCCUCGUUCAGCUGCGGAAGCUCUACUGGGCCAUCAAGGACCACGAGGAGGAGAUUGCCGAGGCUUUAGCUCAGGACUUGAACAAGCCGCGUUUUGAGACUGAGGUCGCCGAGAGCGGCUGGUUGCUCAACGACAUCGUCUUCACCACUCGCAACCUGCACAAAUGGGUCAAAGAUGAGAAGGCUCCGGAUAUCGACCUAACGUUCAAAUUCAUGAACCCUAAGAUCAGGAAGGAUCCCCUGGGCACUGUCUUGGUGAUUGGUGCCUUCAACUUCCCCUUCCAGCUGACCAUGGGUCCCGUCAUCGGUGCCAUCGCCGCCGGUAACACAGUCGUGAUUAAGCCCAGCGAAGGCGCCCCCCGCAGCGCCGCCGUCAUGCAGAAGAUCGUCGAAGCCUCCCUGGACCCCUCUGCCUAUACCGUUGUUCAGGGUGGGGUCCCCGAGACUCAGGCCCUGCUUUCCGAGCGCUGGGACAAGAUCUUCUACACCGGUGGUGCCAACGUCGGCCGUAUCAUCGCCAAGGCCGCUGCCCCUAACCUGACCCCGGUUGUUUUGGAAUUGGGCGGCAUCAACCCCGCCAUCGUCACCAAGAAUGCCAAUCCGCGCCUCGUCGCUCGUCGUAUGCUGUGGGGUAAGCUUCUGAACGCAGGCCAGGUCUGCACGUCACAGAACUACUUGCUUGUCGACAAGAGUCUCGUGUCGCAGGUCGUCGAGGAGUUCAAGAAGGCGUAUAAGGAGUUCUAUCCCAAUGGCGCCAAGGACUCGCCCGAUUACUCUCGUAUUAUCAACCAGAACCACUUCCAGCGCCUGAAGUCCAUGCUGGACAACACCCAGGGCAAGAUUGUCAUGGGCGGUACCCUGAACGAGAAGGAGCUUUUCAUUGAGCCUACUGUGGUACUGGUGAGCUCCAUUGACGACUCUCUGAUAACACAGGAGAGUUUCGGACCCUUGAUUCCCAUCCUUCCAGUCGAGGACCUCGAUGAGGCUAUCAAGCUUGCCAACGGCGUCAUGGACACCCCCCUCGGCCUGUACCCCUUCGGCUCGAAGGCCGAGGUCAAAAAGAUCCUGAAUUCUACCCGCUCCGGCGGUGUCUCUGUCAACGACGCCGCUCUGCACAUCCCCACCCUACCCUUCGGUGGUGUUGGCGAGAGCGGGAACGGCGCCUACCGUGGCCGUGCGAGCUUCGACGUCUGGGUUCACCGCCGCCCCGUCACCACCAGCCCUGGCUGGCUGGAGAGCAUCCUUGCCAUCCGCUACCCGCCUUACGCCGGCAAGCUGAGCAAAUUCAAGGCUGCCAGUACCCUGGUACCGGACUUCGACCGCAGCGGCCGCAAGCUAUCCUUCGGCUGGCUGCGCUACAUCCUGACCCUCGGCGGCGGUAGCGCGAAGUCAGGGGCUGGCCGGGCCGCCGUUGUUGCUGCUAUUGCCUACUUCGUGCUCCAGGUGCUUGAGCGCCGCACUUCGAAGCUGUGA